AUGCCUCUAAACAUCAUCAUCGUCGGAGCAGGCCUCAUCGGGCCGCGCCACGCGCAGACCGUGCAAGCGAACGCAGCAACGCACCUCCUGGCGCUCAUUGACCCGUCGCCCAACGCAGCGCAAACCGCCUCGACGCUGCAAACCGCGUACUUCCCCUCGGUAGCAGCCUUGCUGGCGUCCCCCUCCACCCCACAUCCAGACGCCGCCAUCGUCUGCACGCCAAACCACACGCACAUCCCAAUCGCAGAGGAGCUGCUAGCGCGGGGAAUCCACGUACUCCUCGAGAAGCCGAUCAGCGACGACCCAGCAACAGCCCGGGCACUGCUCUCGAAGCUCACCCCGUCCUCACCGAAGCUCCUGAUCGGCCACCACCGACGCUUCAACCCAUACAUCGCAGCAACAAAACAGCUGCUAUCGGCCAACGCACUGGGGCCCCUGAUCGCGCUCAACGGGCUCUGGACGCUCUACAAACCAGACACCUACUUCGCGCCACCAGGCGACUGGCGCCGCAGCACCGCAACAGGCGGCGGCGUGCUAGCCAUCAACCUGAUCCACGACAUCGACCUGCUGCAUUAUUUGUUUGGACCGAUCACGCGAGUAUUCGGGGAACGGACGCGGGCGACGCGGCCUGCGCCGCCGCACGAUGCGGAGGAGGGCGCGGCGGUGACGCUGCGAUUUGCCUCGGGCGUGGUGGGCACUUUCCUGGUAUGCGACGCCACGCCGGCGCCGUGGAGCUUCGAGGCAGGCACCGGCGAGAACCCGCUUAUUCCCCGGGUUGACGGGCCCGGGGGAGAGGGCUUCUACCGGAUCUUCGGGGAAAGGGGCUCGCUGAGCGUGCCGGAUAUGCGGCGGUGGAGUUACGAGGGCCGCGCGCAGCGGAGUUGGAAUGAGGAGCUGGUGGUUGAGCGGGUAGAGGUUGAUACGGGCAAGACGCCGUUUGCGCUGCAGCUGGAACAUUUUGUGGAUGUUGUUGGAGGGAGGGCUGAGCCGGUGUGUUCUGGGGAGGAGGGGCUGCGGGCAUUAGUCGUGGUGGAGGCCAUCGCGAAGGCGUUGCGGACGGGGCAGGUUGUCGAUAUUGAGACUUAGAGAAGAGUUGAC